CGUGAGCAUGCGCAGUUUGUGAUUUAAUUUUCCCGUGGCUUAGUUUUUCCCAUCAUAUCGGUUUAUGGGAAAAGUAGAUUUCAAAUCAACUUUUUGCCGAGAAAAAUCAAAUAGCAAAACAAGCAGCCAAUCGCAUUGCUACAAUUUUUGAAAAAUGAAAACAAGAGUUGGAAAAGUUGCUAGAGAAUUGUAAUUUUUUUGGAAACGAUAAUUUCGUCGUAAACAUUUAUUAGUCUAUAAUUAUGCCUGUAAUAUAUUAAAAUUUUUUACGCAUAUAUAUUUUUAGUGGCAUACUAUGACGCAAAAUAAAAAUCAUUGAGAUAUUUAUUUACUUACAAUUGCAAUUUAAUGUCAGUUUUACUGCUAUUUUAAACUGUUUAAAUAUCCAAAUAAUCUUAACAUUAAACCUAAAGUACACUGUCCAAUAAACAAUAUUGAAUAUUAAAAAUCUAAUUUAAUGAUGACCGAAUUGAACGUGGAUUUUUCAAGAAUGUCACAACAUGUUCCAACAAACAAGAACUUGGAGGCUCAUUUAAUAGAAGAAGUGAGAAGGUUUCCGUGUUUAUGGGACACAACAACUCGCGCAUAUAAGGAAACGCCUUUAAAAGUUGAAGCGUGGAGGCAGAUAUCUACUUUAUUAAAUGUAGACGAAAAAACACUGACUUCAGCUUUUACAAAGCUAAGAGAAAAUUUUCGUAGAUGCCUAAACCGACAAAAAAAGGCUACCAUGUCUGGAGCUGGCGGGGAUCAACAACCAUCAUGCCAGUUCUUCACAGAAUUAUUGUUUUUGAAAGAUGUGAUUGGGGUAAAAUUGACAAGUACAAACAUAAAAUGCGAUAUUUUUGCAACACCGCUUUCAGUAGAACACAGAGAACUUGAAAAUACAGACAAUUCGAUAAAAGCAUCAAGUUCAAGAAAUUAUUUGACUUUAACAGAAAACGAAACAACUGUAAAUUCAAUUUCAUCCCCACAGACGAAUAUAUCGACGCCAAAUCAUAUGAAAAAAAAAAUGAAAAUUGAUCCAUUACAAGUUGCCCUUGAAAAGGCCAUAUUGCUUGAUGUGGAGCAAAAUAAAGUGAUAGAAAUUAAUAAUAAUGACCCAGAUGAGCUAUUCUGUAAAAGUUUAGUGAGCUCUUUUUAAAACCUUUCAAAAAAGAAAAACAAAAUAGCAAGAAUAUAAAAGUUUUGGAAAUCCUCCUGGAAAUGGAAAGUGACAAAGAAUAAAAAUGUACAACUAAAUUUUCGAAUAAAAUAUAUUUUAUAUACUAA